AUGGCAUUAAAUGUUGACCCCAAUUUAGACAAACGCCACUUAGCUACACAGGAAAAUCGACAAGUAGUUACAGCCUAUUUCAAAUCAAACACUUCGAAAGGUAAAGACACUAUGCGACCAAUUUUUUUUGUUGAAGAUACUGCAGGAGAUGUGAAAGAAGAUGACGCUGACAAUGAUGAUGGCGAGGAUGAUGAGAAUAGAAGUGAUGACGAUGAUAUUGAUGACUUUGACGAGGAAAAUGACUCUAAAUCAGAGGUUAACCACAAGAAGAAAGUAAAUGAUGAGCCACACAGAAAGAAACAAGGAAAAGAAAAGCGUUGGACACUGCUGAAGAUGAAUCACCUAAAAAGAAGGUUUGUUUUUAUUUUCAGUCCCUCAAAUUCAUGUCUGGCCUGGCAAAAAGUUGAAUGAAAAUGGUCCCAUAUAUUUAACAAGCUGACCGAGUUGGAAGAAUCGUGAAAAAGUUUUUAGUAACACAAAUGUACUUUACAAAUGACGUUUUUGCGGCUGUAGCCGUCCUGUUAGCUUAAGCUCCCUAAUAGCUUCUUGUCAUUGGCUGAUAUUCGUUGUUCUUUUCUCAGUCAAAGCCUGCUUGUAAAUAUGGAUCAAAAUGCUAUCAACAGAGCGGGGACCACCGACAGAAAUUCAGUCAUCCUAAAGUAAGUAAAUGAGGUGUGUGAAACGCACUGCCUUUUGCGCCGAGCUGAUUUUUUUUACAACAGAAAAAAGCUGCAAAUUAAUCAAUGUAACAAUUCAUAUCAAACCGGAUAACUGAACGAAAAAAAAAACAGAAAGAAAGAAGCACGCACAACGUUUCACGCAAUACAAUAUUACUCCAAACAAAACGUUCGACAUUCUUUCAAAUCAAAAGUAUUGUUAUUUUUCAAAUCAAACUUUAGUUACUAGCAAAUUAAAUGUACUUUCGUACAUCAGUAUAGAGAGGUUUUAUGACCGGGGCAAAAGCACGGAAUCUCUGUUUAUUUGAUUUUUCGCUUUUUUGUAAUUUCGCAGGAAAAUGAAGUUGUUGACAGUCCAAGCAAAGGGCAGGUAAGUAAGGCUCGUAAUUAUUGGAAACAUUUAUAAUUUUUGAGUCAGUUUUGAACUAUUUUCAAAACCAUUAACUCUGGUAAAUUGUUAUUCUUUUCGUUUGUUUUGGUAAUGUGUAUUAUAAUCUACAUUUUCUGUUAUGCAAAGAAUUUACUUUGACAUCCUUUUCAUUUUUUACAGCGCUUGAAAGACAUCUUUCAUGGACUGACAAUUUUCCUCUCGAAUGACCUUGAAGAUCACGCGAAACUCAAAAGAUAUAUUACUGCGUAUCCUUUGAAAUACCUUUUUGUCUAAUUUAAUAAAAAUUGAGCUAGGAAAACGAAUAUCGCUUUAUUCGACAGCGUGCAGAACAACGCGUUUCUGUGUUUCGUAUCCAAAAUAGGAUUUGUAAUGUUCUGAAUCCGCACUCAGCUUGAAUUCAGCGGAUUUAAUCCAAAUAGGAAUCAGCCUCGCAAAGUGAAUCAGUGUUUCCUUAGAGAGAUAUUUGAAGAGAGGAAUUUCCGCUUGAAAUUUGGCCAGCGGAAUGCAAAAUGCCCUACCAACCCCUGGUACAGGCUGUAAAUCCGUCUUUGGUUUUGCCGUCGUUAACCGUGACCAAUUUUCAUCCAACAUUUACAUUGAAUCUGAAUUCAGAAUUUUUGAAAAGCAACGCAGCUUAAGCACCGCCAUUGCAAUUUUUGCCGCGCUUUUUAUCUGCUGCGCUUUGAUCAUAAGCUUUGAUCUAUAAAACUGGACAAUCCGGUUUUUAACCAUUCUUAACGUGACUGAAUAGUUAUGACGGAGAUUUGGCGGAGGAAUUUGAAAAGUCCAGUGCAACACAUUUUGUAAGCAACAACCGGGUGAGAAGAUGAAAAAUAUUUUGCGCACUUUUACUUUUUGUCAUGUCAUUAGUGUGGUAAACUUCACUGCGAAUGCGAACAGUUUCUUAUUUAUAAAUUUUUGUAGGCCUUUAUAGGACCGGACUAGAAACGGGAAGACAAAUCGCAAAAAUAAAAAUGAGACAAAGAAAGAAGAAAGACGGAAGAAGACAAAUUUGCAAAGAAUAAAGAGGGAAGAAACUCAAAAUGCAAGCGUGUAUUAUGGAAAACAUGAAAGCGGGGAAUAGACUCCGUACAAUCCCCCCCUUCCCUCUCCACCCCUCUUCCCGUGUUCUUUCUCUUCGACAUUGGAAGCAACGCUUUGGAGGUGAUAAGCUAAAAUAUUUUAUUAGCGAUGUAACCAAUGCCCGCUGUUCUUAUCGUGUCUGCUCUUUCUUUUUUAGGAUGGACAAAAGGAGCAAGGAUCGACCAAGGUUGUGUCGCCAUCAUGGAUUUGGAAGUGUAUUAACAAGGGUCGUCUCGUACCAGUUAAUAAAUUUCUUGUAUAAAUUUACAGCACUCGAUCACUUUGACGGUUUCAAUUCCUUCCAGGAUCAACUGCUUGGAUAAUUACAGAACACCUUGAAGUCUUAAAUCGCGCCUCCAAGUGAGGUUGGUCAAAGACCAUUCAGAAAAAGAGUUUACCGAGGCUGAUGGAAUACUUCAAUCAUUAAAAUAAAUUUUACGUAAUUAUAGAUUUACCUCGCCAAACGAAAAUAUGAUCGCACGAGUGCACCCCCUCCUAAAAAAAUCCUGGAUCCGCCCCUGCUCGCAUACUCUAAAACAGACCUGAUGAUACUACAUUAGACAAGAAUAAGAUGCCUAUCAGUUAAUUAGUCCGCACUUCUUAAGGGCGCGUAUUGUAUAUAACCGCUUACUCCCUUUCUUUACAAUAUGAGUGACAUGCUCGUUUCAUGUUAAGUNGUGUAUUAUGGAAAACAUGAAAGCGGGGAAUAGACUCCGUACAAUCCCCCCCUUCCCUCUCCACCCCUCUUCCCGUGUUCUUUCUCUUCGACAUUGGAAGCAACGCUUUGGAGGUGAUAAGCUAAAAUAUUUUAUUAGCGAUGUAACCAAUGCCCGCUGUUCUUAUCGUGUCUGCUCUUUCUUUUUUAGGAUGGACAAAAGGAGCAAGGAUCGACCAAGGUUGUGUCGCCAUCAUGGAUUUGGAAGUGUAUUAACAAGGGUCGUCUCGUACCAGUUAAUAAAUUUCUUG